AUGCGCUCGCUGUAUUCAAUAGGGGAGUCAAUAAACCCGCCAGACCCUCGGCGUCGGCCUCCUCCUUCUCUUCUUGACCCGCCUCCUGCUGUUGCCCCCUUAAAGAAAGGAAUCCCACAGUUAAACCCGCAAUUCGAUACUCUCAACACCAUCGCUGAUGCUGAGGCUGCUGAGGCUGCUGCUGCUGCUGAUGCUGCUGCUGAGGCUGAUGCUGAGGCUGCUAAAGCUGCUGCUGAAGCUGCUGCUGCUGAGGCUGAUGAGGCUGCUGCUGAUGCUGCUGCUGCACUUCUUUUUGCUGCUGUUUCAACUAUGGGAGCAUCAGCAUCAGCAUCAGCAGCAGCAUCAGCAGCAGCAGCAGCAGCGGUGCACUUGUGUGCUGCAGACAAUGGAGAUGUAUUUAGAGACAAGAUGCUUCGGGUGUCUCGCGACCUCUUCCUCGUAGGAUGGAUAAAAUGCAGAAGCAAAUUCGCAAUCGGACAUGUGCAGGGAGACGUUUACGCUUUGUCUUACUUUCGUCGAUGGAUGGAGCGGCAUGCAGAAGAAGAAAUAAAGUGCUGCUCCUUUACAGAGGAGACAAUAGGGCUGCAAAAGCUUGACUACGAGCAAAUGGCUGCCGUGAAUGACUACCGCAGUCCCGCGAAGAAGAAGCUGCACAUGCUCUUGUCAGCAGAGAGACAGAAGGCCCAUCAGUUAGAAAGAGACGCCCAAAGGAGAGCAGCAAACUACAGAGACUACCUCGACGCACACUGUCUCCAAGACUAUUAA